UGAUACUUGGCGAAUUUUUUCUGAUUUUAAUCUUGUAAAAAUUCUUUUAUCAAAAAUUAAAGAAACAUUUGUUAACUCAUCUGCACGCAAAGGUCGUUAUCUAAAUCAUCUUCGAAUGCAUGGAGUUGAAAAUCUGG